AUGGCAAACUCCUCCGCCGCUGCCCCGUCCCAUGCUCCGGUGUCCAUGGAGUCGCUACUCGCGAGUUACGCGUCUUCACCCGACCCCACACUCGCUGCCCUCGAACACAUCGUGUCUGAACGCAACACAUUUGCCGGUCACAACUCACAGAUGUGGAAGUUAAUUGAGAAGCAGCGUACCGCAUAUGCACAGGUUCUCAAGGAACUCGAACGGGUCAGGGGCGAGAGGGAUGUGCUCAAGUCUCGGCUGCAAUCAGCCGGU